AUAUGAUCUUUUAUUUUAAAAAAUUAUCUUCAUGAUUUUUAAAUAAUUUUUUAUUUUAAUUAUAAUUAAUUGUAUUAUAUGAUUUGUUAUUUAUUAUAUUGUAAGAAUUGUACAGUAAUAACUUGAAAUGUGUAAAAUAUUGAUAUAUUCAUGAAAAAAGAGAAGUCGUUGGUAAUUGACGGCCAAACAGAAGUAGAUGAUCUGGCCUUUGUGUCUCAUUUUGCCACAAACGAAUAUACUAAAAUAAAUGAACUAAAAACUUUUAAAAAUAAUAUCCCCAAAUCGUCAAAACCUCUGGGAUUAGAUCUAUCGCAACUCAAUCUUGAAAACGAGGAUAUUGAUUUUUCAGAUUCCGAUGUUGAAUAUGAGUCACUAAAGGACGUUUUAUCCCCAAAUCAAAUUCAUACAGCACAAUUAACCCCUGAUUUUAAGGAUCCACUAGAUAAUCUAAGGAUAAUUGAUACUGUUGAUUUGCCCGAAAAGGUAUCUGAAGAAUUGCCGAUUAGUAGAAUUGGAACCUGUAAAUCAUUCUUUGAUGAUAUUCUCAUUAUACACUCUUCACCAGGUAGUGGAGUGUUAGAUUUGGGUUCAAUAAUAUGUAAAGAUGAUAGAACAAUCUUGGGCACGGUAAAUGAUACUUUUGGACCUACGGAUCACCCAUAUUAUAUGGUCAUUCUUACAAACAAAUCAUCAUCAAUACAACCGGAUGAAUUAUUAUACUGUGACGUGAAACAUAGUACAUUUAUUGGUGAUCAAACUUCACAUACAGAUACUGUUGAUGAAUCGGAAGAUGAACAGUUAGAAGAAAAGUGUUUUAAUAAAUUAAAGCAAUCCUAUAAAGAUUUGUAAAACGUUUAUUUAGUAAUUUGAUUUUUUUACACAA